AACGCAGCACGAGUAUGAACGUGGGGAAAAAACGAGGAAAGGGUUGGGCUUACCGAGUCACAUAUCACAACUUGAGUUGCGCCUCGGUCAUAAACCAAUUUGGUGGGAAAAAAAGAGCGAAGAAGGUCCUCAUGUGUGGCCACCUAAAGAGCCGCAAACGAAAGACUUUUUCGUGCACCCAUCGCUGCUGUGUCCGCGCAUCACCACCACGGGAGCAUCGGGAGAGAAGCGCGUUGGUUUUUCUGCUUGCUUUUGGACCGGACCGGUUUGGUUUCGCUGGGAAAUGAUGGCCACUUACCAAAACCCGGACGAUGACGCAAUGGCAUUGAUGAUCCACGAUAGCAACACCGCGAAGGAGAAAGAGCGGCCCAAAGAAGAGCCGGUCCAGGAAAAAGUCGCGGAGAAGCCGGAUCCGUCUCAGAAGCCUCCGUAUUCCUAUGUGGCCCUCAUUGCGAUGGCCAUCCGGGAGAGCUCCGAGAAGCGGCUUACUCUGUCUGGUAUUUACCAGUACAUCAUCAGUAAGUUUCCAUUCUAUGAGAAAAACAAAAAGGGCUGGCAGAACAGUAUCCGGCACAACCUGAGUCUCAACGAGUGCUUCAUCAAGGUUCCGCGGGAGGGCGGCGGGGAAAGGAAGGGCAACUACUGGACCCUCGACCCGGCUUGCGAGGACAUGUUCGAGAAGGGCAACUACCGAAGGCGCCGCCGAAUGAAGCGACCGUUCCGGCCGCCGCCCACGCACUUUCAGCCGGGGAAGUCCUUGUUCGGAGGGGACGGCUACGGCUAUCUGUCUCCACCCAAGUACCUGCAGUCCAGCUUCAUGAAUAACUCGUGGUCGCUGGGCCAGCCGCCCACCCCGAUGCCCUACACGUCCUGUCAGAUGGCCAGCGGAAAUGUGAGCCCGGUCAAGGCUCUGUCCGCCCCCGCCUCCUACAACCCCUACGCGCGGGUGCAGAGCAUGGCGCUCCCGGGGAUGGUGAACUCUUACAACGGCAUGAGCCACCACCACCACCCAGCCCACCCGCACCACUCUCAGCAGCUGAGCCCGGCCACCGCCGCGCCGCCCCCAGUCUCGGCCGGCAACGGGGCCGGCCUUCAGUUCGCUUGCUCCCGUCAGCCCGCGGAGCUGUCCAUGAUGCACUGCUCGUAUUGGGAACACGAGAGCAAACACUCUGCCUUGCACACGAGGAUUGAUAUUUAAAUGUGCGCCGUGUACAAAUAAGAACUGACUCCUUGUUAUCGUUUCCUGUGAUUUUGAGGUUUUUUAUGUUUUUUGCGGGGGGACGCACCAUGUUUGUUUGCAGCCAGUGGAGGUGCCAAUGAUGCGAAACCGGAGUUCGAGUGUAAACGCCGGGGUCACCAGGGUGCGUCAGGUAGCGCAACAUGUGUAAUUGGACCGCCUGAGUGUGUGACUUUGUUGUGGCGAACUCGUGUAUUGUUCCACCGUGAAAUGGUUGUGGAAUUCAUUUAUAAUUUCUCAACUUUACGCAUGGCUUGACCCAAAUGCAAGCCAAAGUGUAGAACUGAAUCAACUUCAGGCUUCUAAAAACUUUAACUGAGCCAGGCUUUCAUGGUUGUAACUUGUAAGUUGACAAAAAUGAUUCAUCGUCACUUAGUUGUUCUAUGUUUUCUGUUGACACCCCACACACACACAUUAAUUUCU